GUUGUUGAAAUCACUGAUGACAGACACCCCCUCCGCCUGGGGGCCCCCCUAGACCGCCCAGUCUUUGCGCUGCGCUAUAUGGGGCCCCCCAUCCCUGGGGGGCCCCCAGGGGGGCCCCCAGGGGGGCCCCCAGGGGCCCUCGAGGGGCCCCCGAGGAGGGUACUGUUUGGAGAGCGCGUUGGCUUCAUCUGCAGCAACAAGGAGAACGCGGAUGCUGCUGCAGCUGCUGCUGGAACGGAGCAGCAGCAGCAGCAGCUGCAGCAGGAACAGCCUCGCGGGGACACGCGGAAGAAGAGGAAGCAGCCGCAGCAGCAGCAGUCCAAAUCCAGCAGCAACAGCAGCAGCAGCAGCAGCAAUAGCAGCAGCAGCAGUAGCACAGAGGGUGAUGGCACGGAGCAGCCAGAUGAGCUUUCCUUUUCGCUUUCUUUUUCUGCUCCUGCUUUUGCUGCUGCUGACGCUUCAGCAGCAGCAGCAGCUGCUGCUGUCAAGUAUGCUGCUGACCCCGCGGACACGUCGCUGCUGUUGCCUUCAGACGACGAGCUGCAGCAGCAGCAGCAGCAGCAGCAGCGCAGGAAAGCGCCAGCGCAGCAGCAGCUGCCGUGGCUUGAAGCAGCAGCAGCAGCAGAGCCGCAGCUGUUUGCCAAGGAAGCAGCAGAAGGGUAUUAUCUCCCUUGGGAUGCUACCACCCCAAAGCCGCGAGGCCUGCCUUUGGGUCUGCAGCAGGUGCCUGUGGGGGAGGUGGUUUAUGUGGACGGGUGGCCGCAUGUGCUGCUGACUUCCAUUCCGGGGGUGCCGCUGCAGCAGGGGGAGCAGCUUUUUGUGGAUUAUGGAUUUGACUGGGCAGCAGCAGCAGAUGCUGCUGCUGUGCGUUAC